AUGGCUAGCCAACGGGACAAACAUGAGAAGGGGAGCACCCCUCUUCACUUAGGCGCGUCGUUGAACGGGUGGCCACACGCGGGGUUUCUUUCCACACGGUUUCCACAAGUUUGGCCAGGGUCGGAAGCAACCGCUAGACUGCUACUGGAUGCUAACGAAUCCACGGCUUACCAGGCUGACGAUGAAGGGUCGUACCCCAUACACGUCGCUGCAUGGUCUAACAGCCUCGGCGUCGUGAAGACGCUGCUGGAGAGGUGUCCGGACUGCGUCACUCUUCGAGAUGGCAAAGGACAGACUUUCCUCCAUGUUGCCGCUGAGAAGAGUUGUCACGAUGUGGUUCGAUAUGCCUGUAGACAAAUGCCAAAACGGUUGUCAUCGAUGAUUCUCAACGUGCAGGAUAGCAACGGGGACACAGCUAGCGCUGCACGGUGCUGUCCGUGCUGGGAACCUUGCCGUCUUCAACUGCCUGUUUCGGAAUCGGGAGGAGCUCCCCACGGUGGAGGUCGGCCGGAGCUCUUCAGUGAAAAACACAUGCCCAAAAGAGAAUCGCAGCAGUACACAGAAGCGACGCAGAUGAUGAGCAUUGUCAGUGCUCUUAUUGCGACUGUCACAUUCGCGUCAGCUUUCACGUUUCCUGGAGGCUAUCGAGCCGACGGCGAGCCAGUGUUUGCUGCAGGGAAGCAGAGCUAUGCUUUCAACGCGUUUAUCCUCGCCGACACGUUGGCAUUCAUCUGCUCCAUCUCGUCUACCUGUGCACUUCUCUAUACCGGGUUACCGGCUAUGGACAUCUCCAUACGUUUCUGGUACUUAAGCAUUUCGUCGAUUUUGCAGCAACGAGUUUUGUGA